CGUAUGAGCCAACAUGGCAUUAGUUCUCUGCUUAAUACUGCAUGUUGUUCUUUCCAAAGUAAGUGGUUUAGAUGCUGAAGAUUGGAGGAAAGAAAUCGAGAAACGGUUAUCAUCGCUAGAGGAAUUCAAUGUUCAUCUUCAGAAAGAAAACGCAAAUCUUCGAUUCAUUGUCUCAGAAACACAACACGAAAACAAACUUUUAAAACGCGAGCUAAACAAGGUAGUAGAACGCGUCGAUAAGUGUGAAGAGGCAAUUCUUACGCAUGAUGACAUACAGAGGACUUUGGGGAGAGGCACAGUGACAAAGGAGUCAGACGAUGAUUUGAAAAUAUUUUCCAAAGGAAAUAGACAUUCAAAUCCAAGAAGAGGUGAAAGAUCCAUGGAGUUAGUGGGAUCAGAGAAUGAGAAUGAAGUAUUCACUAAAUGGAAAGGUCAACCCGUUCCAAGAAUAGUUCCUCCCGAUUCUUAUCCUGUUUCUGCCGUGGCAUUCUACGGAUAUUUGUCCCAGAGCAGUGCUCCUAACUUACCACCGCACCAUCCUAUAGUCUACGACACUGUGAUAAUAAACAGAGCCAAUGGGUACAAUAAUGGGGACGGGAUAUUCAUCGCACCUGUCACCGGGGUCUAUGCCUUCCAUUUCUCUGUAUGUGUGAUAAAUGGUCCAGAAGUACCGUGGGCCAGUCUUGAAAUUUCUCUCAGUGGAAACAGUCUUGGAUCAACUUUUGAAAAUAGUGUAGCUUCUGGUUAUCAUUGCAGCAGCACACUAAUCGUAUCAGAUGUGCAUGAUGGUGACCAUGUUUUCAUUAGAACUCAUGAAAAUACCCGAGGACAUAUUUAUAGCAGCCCCGCAGGACGAACCUCAUUUUCUGGGUGGCUGCUGUACAGAUAGACUGCGAUGUAUUUGUUUUAUCAUAUCGUGUUUGAUCAUGAUCGAUUGAUUAAAGGGACUUGGACACGCUUUGAGAUCAAAAAUUUUAUUUUUAUAUUUUAUGUAUAAAAUGGUUUACUGGUACAUUUUAAAUGAUUGACCAAGAAUAUUGAAUAUUAAAGUCAAGUUGCAAGCGAGAUACAGAGGUAAGAAUUGAUUGUUAUA